AUGCUAAGACCAGUCUACAAAUCUGUAGUCAAGACAUCAAUACUGCAAAGACGACUAAUAUCGUCAAAGGGUUCCAAGCUAUAUAAGCCUUCUCCAGAUUCAACAAGUACCAUACUAAUAAAAGAUGAUCCUCUGGUAGCCGCUUCGUCCUCCUCCUCAUCUUCCUCAUCAGGCAUAAUAAACUCAUCCGAUUUCCCGUUGUUUAACAAAAGUAACAAGAACACCACUAAUAAUCUAUCUUACCAGUGGAAAAAUACCUCCAAUAUGGAGUUUGACCCUUUCAACAAAUCGCAUGCCUCGGCAAUAACUUCGAUGACAAGAACCAGAGACGUCAUGCAAUUGUGGUCGCUGUUGGAGGCAUGUUUGCAGUCAAACCUGCUGAAAAGGGCUUUUUCUAUAUUAGAAUCACUGUACUUGAUACCUGAACACAAACAGAGAUUCAUUGAGGAUUAUAACAUGUACCUGGAUUCAUUUUCGAAAAACGAACCAAAUUUCCCCAUUAUAAAAAUGAACGAAAAACUAACGAACGAUUUGGAGACAAGCUUCAAAGACGUAAAUUAUAACGACAAGACUUUGGCAAUAAUGAUUCAUCACGCUUUAAAUUUCCACCCAACGGCAAGUUCUAUGCUUCUGUCGCCCACAAUUUCCGCCUAUUUGAAAAUGAGCGUGAACGGUGUCAGAGACAUCUUAUCGAACCUAGAUAUUUUGACCAUAUCGGAUCUGAGUAUCUUGGUGAACGACCUAAAAAUCAUAUCGUUGUCACAGUUGCCAACUUCUGUGAAGCCCAUAUUGGAAUCCCUUGCACCAUCUUCUACACCUGUAAAUAAUAUUGAAAACGAAGAUGGUUCCAACAAAAUGGAAGCUGAGAAAGAUUCAAAUAUAGACCAAAAAUUAGAAUUGGGCCGUGACUCUACAAAGACACCUUCUUUAGACCCUCUUCGGGAAGCCUCAUUAGAUGGCUCAGUGGGAGUUUUGCCAAAGGACGCUGAAAAGCUUGUGGCAGUUGACACCAUUGGGAUGAGAGUUAUUAGACAUACUUUGUUAGGAUUGUCAUUGAAUUCUCAGCAAAGAGAACAAAUUUCCAAAUUCAAAUUCGAUGCCAAUGAGAACGUUUUAAAUAUGAAACCCACACAAAAUGGUGAGGAUAAUGAUUCUUCGAUAAAUUUUUUUGAGAUUUACAAUUCAUUGCCAACUUUGGAAGAGAAGAGAGCAUUUGAAAGUGCACUAAACUUAUUCAAUCAAGAUAGACAAAAGGUAUUAGAAAACCGUGCCACAGAAGCCGCAAGAGAACGCUGGAAACAUGAUUUUGAAGAGGCAAAGGCUAGAGGUGAUAUCUCUAUUGAGAAAAACUUAAAUGCUAAAUUGUGGAAAUGGUACAACGAUAUGUUACCCUUAAUAAAAGAAGAGAUUAGCCACUGUAAAUCGCUAUUAUCGGAAAAGCCAGUGAAUAAAAGGGCCUUGAAUAAAGUGGACACAAACCGUUUGGGGUAUGGUCCUUAUUUAACGUUAAUUGAUCCAGGGAAGAUGUGUGUUAUUACGAUCUUGGAAUUAUUAAAAUUGAAUUCUACAGGUGGUGUUAUCGAAGGUAUGAGGACUGCAAGAGCGGUUAUUUCAGUUGGUAAAGCUAUUGAAAUGGAAUUUAGAUCGGAACAAGUCUUGAAAAGCGAGUCUCAGACAUUCAGAGACGUCAACAAGAAAUCACCGGAAUUCAAGAAACUGGUGCAAAAUGCUAAAUCUGUGUUCAGGUCAUCACAAAUCGAACAAUCGAAAAUUUUAUGGCCACAAACAAUAAGGGCAAAAAUCGGUUCUGUGUUGAUUUCUAUGUUGAUUCAUGUUGCAAAGGUCUCUGUCCAAGGUAUUGAUCCAAUAACAAAGGCUAAAGUACAUGGCGAAGCUCCGGCCUUUUCACAUGGUUACCAAUACCAUAAUGGUUCUAAACUGGGUGUCUUAAAGAUCCAUAAGACUUUAAUUCGUCAAUUAAAUGGUGAGAGAUUGAUUGCAUCGGUUCAACCACAGCUAUUGCCAAUGUUGGUAGAACCUAAACCAUGGGUUAACUGGAGAUCGGGUGGAUACCACUAUACCCAAUCCAGUCUUCUAAGAACAAAAGACUCACCGGAGCAAGUCGCGUAUUUGAAAGCCGCCUCUGAGAAUGGUGAUAUAGAUCGUGUUUAUGAUGGUUUGAAUGUGUUGGGUGAUACACCUUGGACCGUUAAUAGAAAGGUAUUUGACGUGGUUUCCCAAGUUUGGAACAACGGUGAGGGUUUCUUAGAUAUUCCAAGUUCCCAAGAUGAAAUGAUUUUACCACCAGCACCUCCAAGGAAUUCGGACCCUUCUAUCUUAAGAACUUGGAAACUGCAAGUCAAGACAAUCGCAAAUAAAUUUUCAUCUGAUAGAUCAAAUAGAUGCGACACAAAUUAUAAAUUGGAAAUUGCAAGGGCAUUUUUGGGCGAAAAAUUAUAUUUUCCACAUAAUUUAGACUUUAGAGGACGUGCUUAUCCUUUAUCUCCACAUUUCAACCAUCUUGGUAAUGAUAUGAGUCGUGGUCUUUUAAUCUUUUGGCAUGGUAAGAAAUUGGGAUCUUCUGGUUUGAAAUGGCUAAAAAUUCAUUUAUCGAACCUGUUUGGGUUUGAUAAAAUAUGUUUAGAGGAUCGUAUCGCAUUUACAGAGUCGCAUUUGAAAGAUAUUAAAGAUUCCGCAGAAAAUCCUUUGACUGGAGAUCGUUGGUGGACAACGGCCGAUAAGCCAUGGCAGGCAUUGGCCACAUGUUUUGAGCUAAAUGAAGUUUUGAAAAUGGAUAAUCCAGAAGAAUUUGUUUCUCAUCAACCUGUUCAUCAGGAUGGUACAUGUAAUGGUUUACAACACUAUGCUGCCUUGGGUGGUGACGUUGAAGGUGCUACUCAAGUGAACUUGGUUCCAAAUGAUAAGCCACAAGACGUUUAUGCGCAUGUGGCAAAAUUAGUGCAGAAAAGAUUAGAGAUUGCAGCUGAAAAAGGUGAUGAAAACGCUGAAAUCCUAAAGGACAAGAUUACAAGAAAAGUUGUUAAGCAAACUGUCAUGACCAAUGUGUACGGUGUUACUUAUGUGGGUGCGACGUUCCAAAUUGCCAAACAAUUGAGUCCAAUUUUUGAUGACCGUAAGGAAAGUUUAGAUUUUUCUAAAUACUUGACCAAACACGUUUUCGGUGCUAUUCGUGAGUUAUUUCAUAGUGCGCAUCUAAUUCAAGACUGGUUAGGUGAAAGCGCAAAAAGAAUUUCUAAAUCCAUCAGGCUGGAUGUUGACGAAAAAUCUUUCAAGAACGGGAAUAAACCAGACUUUAUGUCGUCGGUUAUUUGGACAACGCCACUGGGUCUACCAAUUGUCCAACCAUAUCGUGAAGAAAGUAAAAAGCAAGUUGAAACGAAUCUACAAACCGUCUUUAUUAGUGAUCCAUUUGCUGUCAACCCCGUCAAUGCAAGAAGACAAAAGACCGGUCUUCCACCAAAUUUCAUUCACUCAUUGGAUGCUUCGCAUAUGCUGUUGAGUGCGGCAGAAUGUGGAAAACAAGGAUUGGAUUUUGCGUCUGUGCAUGAUUCCUACUGGACGCAUGCAUCUGAUGUAGAUACUAUGAAUGUUGUUUUAAGAGACCAGUUCAUCAAAUUGCAUGAGGUCGAUUUGGUUAUGAGGCUCAGGGAAGAGUUCACCCAAAGGUAUAAGAGCUACGUCAAGAUUGGCAAGUUAAAGAGAGCAACAGAUUUGGCUCAAAAAAUUAUCAAUAUUCGUAAAGAUCUAUCGAAGAAACUAGGAAGAAAUACCACGUUAGCAGAUGAAAUCUAUUUCGAAAAGAAAAGACAACAGUUACUAAAUAGCCCCUUGCCGGAGGAUAGAAGUAUUGGUGAGAAGAUGAUUACAACCGUAUCGUUAUUUCAGGACGUCAAGGAUUUAGACGCACUUGAAUUAGAAAACGGUGGUGAUGAAAAUAGCGGUAUGAGCGUUCUUUUACCCCUAAGACUACCCGAAAUACCACCAAAGGGGGAUUUUGACGUCACAGUAUUGAAAGAUAGUCAAUACUUCUUUUCAUGA